GUCAAGGUCAGUGGUCAUAUGGUACAAACACAGGAAGAGCAAAAAGAUGGAAUACUCGUCUGUCGGCGACGAAAGGUCCGACCCACUAUAUCAGUCAGAAGGGCCGCCGCCAUACGAGGAAGAGCUUCCCAGCCACACAUCUCCCGAAAAGCUGGAGACACGUUCGAUUUCAGGAACUCGGAUUUCAAAUGCUUCCAAAACAAUUCGCAUCAAGAAAUAUCUGUGUCCACAGAGAACAAUCGUCACUGAUCUGGAUCCCGGGGAGGUCAGGUGGUUUUAUAGGGAAAAGGGUGAUAAGAAAUGGACGCCUUUCACUGGCUACGACUCUCUGCGGAUUGAAUAUAAAUACCGUGCCUUGCUUGACAAUCUUCAUAAACCAAAGAGGAAAGUGACUGAAGACGGGAUCAAUGUAGAUCUGAUAUCUGUACGAGGAGCUUUGUAUGAGGUGGAUGUGGCGAGCAAGGAAUGCUAUCCUAUUUACUGGACAGGUGAACCUGCAGAGAUCCUGAGGGGUACCUGGUUCCAUGAGAGUUCCUGGCAGCCAUUAGAGGAAGGGUAUGCUGACCAGAUAGAGACAGAGCACCUGGCUAAAUUCAAGUCACAGAGUUUGGCUCAGAGUUCAUUCUAUAAUCCAAAAGGAGAAAAAAUGGUUGUCCACAACAUCAAGUUUAAAGAGUUCCAUAUGGACUGGUACAGCCCCCUGGAGGUGUACCUCUACAGUGAGGCCACAUCUUCACGAUUCUACAGAUCUGUCAGAGAGAAACUGGGCAUGCAAAAAAUUGGUUCCAAACUCCAUCGUGGCUAUUUUGAUGAAGCUGAAGGGACAGACAAGCCUCCAGACAUAACUCACUUAGUGUUUGUCAUCCAUGGAAUAGGACAGAAGAUGGACACAGGGAGCAUUGUGAAGUGUUGUGCAGAAUUGAGAGAAGUUGCUGGUAAAUUGAAAACCAGAUGGUUCCCUCAUAUUGAGGAAGACAGGCAACAGAGAGCAGAGUUUUUGCCAGUGGAAUGGAGAUCUUCACUGAAGUUAGAUGGAGAUAUAGUGGAGUCGAUCACUCCUCACAAAAUCAAAGGAUUGAGAACUAUUCUUAACAGCAGUGCCAUGGACAUCUUAUACUACACUAGCCCUCUCUACAGAUCAGAGAUUACACAAGGACUGCAGACAGAGUUAAACAGGUUGUACAGUAUGUUUACAGAUAGACAUCCAUACUUUGAGAGCACUGGAGGAAAAAUCUCUAUAGUAGCUCACUCAUUAGGCUGUGUGAUAAUGUAUGAUAUUAUAACAGGGUGGAAUCCUAUUCAGCUGUAUGACCAGUAUGUGACCAAUGUAAUAGAAGAGAAAUCCAUGGAAGCCAAUGGAGCCAGUCCUCUGAUCUCUCAGCUGGAGGAGGCCAGGAAGAAGGUGAAUUCACUUGAGUUACAGCUGAUCAGUCUCCAAAGUAAACAGAAUGUACAGACACCCACUCUCAAGUUUAGGCUGGAAAAUUUUUUCUGCGUUGGAUCUCCACUAGCCGUAUUUCUUGCGCUGAGAGGCAUGAGGCCCCAGGAAAAUGGCACCCAAGACCAUCUUCUGCCUAGAAGUCUGUGCAAGAGAGUUUUUAACCUGUUUCAUCCUGCUGAUCCAAUUGCCUAUAGGUUAGAGCCCCUAAUUCUGAAGCACUAUGCCACCAUCCUGCCACUACGUGUACACAAGCAUGAUGCACCAAAUAAAGUCCCAUAUGAAAACCUGAAGGCCAGAGCAUAUUCCAUUAUGAAAGACACAGGAAAAGACAUGCAACAGUUUAGUCAUCUCAGUAAAUCUGAAAGUAUCAGGGAAGAGAAGCAAGAAGAACUGAGACAGUUGGAAAUGAAGGAGCAGUCACAGGAAACCCCACAAGACGGAGGCCAGGAUGAGUUUGAUCAGCAGGACAAGAAACAAUCUAUUAAAGGCAAGCUGGGGAGCUGGUUGAGUGGCCUGAAUAAACAAGUGAAAGAGAAGGAUGCAUCAGACAGCUCUCUGAGACCACAGCUAGGACAGGAUGAAGAGGAGGAAGAAGAUGCAAGACAGCUACGUUUUGAUGGAGAGUUGUGUAACAUGACAGAGGAUUUGAGAAGGGAGAUGAGUAGUGAGAUGAAGAGAAGUGAGAGUGAAGAAAGCAAAGGAACUCUUAGUAUUGAUGAGGUUCUGAGAAAUAUGGAACACACAGAGCUGGAGUAUCGUCUGGAUUACAUGUUGAAGGAAGGAAAAAUGGAGAACCAAUACAUCAGUGCCAUCACGUCACACACGUCCUAUUGGUCCAAUCAGGAUGUGGCGUUAUUUGUCCUGACGCAUCUCUAUCCUGACACCAAACCAUCACCAUAUAAACUUAAGACAAAACACACCUGAUGUUGUUAUAUCACAACUCUAACCAGACACCAUACCAACUGAAGAAAACUUGUGGCUGGUGUUGUCAUGACAAUGAUGAUAUAAUGACCACUUCUGCUCCAUGGCAACUUGAAGUCUACUUUAACCUUCAUAUCUAAAUAGACUCUGCUUUAAGAUUUAAUUUAACCUGGAGCCAAGGGUUGACAAGGCAUGGUCAGUGGUCAAAUGGUCAGCUUCCUGGUGGUUUUCACGGUCAGCAGGUUUGAAGAAAAGAAGCAUAGAAAGGGCUAAUUUUUUUCCUGUUGAAUUGUGGUUUUGAUAUUCCUGUUUGCCAUCUCUGCAAACUCAGUGCUUUAAAAAUCUGAGGAAUGAAGUUUGUUAUUAUCCUAGUCUUUAAAUAAUUGCUCAAUUUUUUUUAAAAAGAAUUAAUUAAAUGGACAAUUCAGUGGUUGGAUGAUAGUAAUUUUUAUGUCUUGUAAAAUUGUGACCAAAAGUAAGAAGACAGGGUCACUGCAUAUGUUAUGAAACCCUUUGUUGUCAUUUAGUGGGAUCCUCUGGAUGCAGAUGUUUUUUUCAUUUUCCAACUUAAAAAAAAAAAAAAGAAUAAGAUUGGUCUUUGAUAGUUUGGGCAUAAAUUACAAGAUAUUUUUUCUGAGGAUUAAAGUGUUCGCCUCCAGUGGCAGAUUAGUUUAUAUACUGCCAUGUUUUUUAUAACCUGAACUGCAAAGUCUACUGAAGUCUAAGCUCUUGUAUCAUUGGAAUGACAAAUCGCCAUCAGAACCACAAUGAAAGUAAAUAAGGUCAUUAUAUCAUUAUUUCAGAUUAAAUAUUUUGUAUGUUUUCUGUGAGUAAGAGAAAGUGGUGUUAGGACAACCUUUACUUUUGGAAUACUUACCUGUAGUAUACCUCUCUCCAGCAUGGCCAUUUAUGAAGCUUGACACUUUGAUUUUAGUUUGGCAUCCAAAUUAUAACAUUCUAUUCAGAAAGUAUUUUGUUAUAUACCCAAAGUUAAGAUAUCAAAGUUAAAAUAGUGGCAUUGUUUCUGCCACUGAGCUUUCGCUGAUGGUAUCUCAGAUAUAUUAUAGUUGAUGUCAAUUUAAAGCUUAUGAUUAGUAUUUUGCUUAAUCAAUGUGCAGCUCUAUUUCUUAUGAUGCUAGUAUAUCAGGGCUUUUGGGUAAUAAAUUAUUACAAGUUAUAAUUUAUUGUACAAAUAUUCAGUCAGUGUAAUUAUCAUGUUACUGAGGUGUUUUUGCUAUCAGUUAUUAACAAAUGUGCAAAAAAUAAAAUAAUCACAGAAUAAGUGUUAUUCCCCUAGUUGGCAUAAAACAACUUAUCUAUGAAAAUGUGAGUAUAUAGGUCUUACAAAAGUGAAUGUAUGUUUUGUGAAACUACAGCAGGAUGGGGAGGGUCCUUAUAACUCCCCAACCAAGUAUGGAGUACAGUGCUGAGGGAUCUAGAUUUAAUUAUAGAAGGGUAGUAUCAAGCCUUGGAGUGUAAUGGGUCCAAGAUCAAGGGAAUGAACAUUUCUAAAAGCUAGACCUAAGAUAUCUGUUAUAAGACAGGGUUAAAACUGUUAUCUCAACAUUCCAUAAUUAUAAUAUAUCAUAGCAGUUUAUUUAUUGAUUUGUGCAAUUGUUGGUGCUGUUAAGAUGAAAAGGGCUUUAUAAGACUAAAGUAAUAAACCCUUGUAAACAAACUUUUUUUUGUAAUUUCAGACACAUAGUUUGUGAUUCCUUGGGCUUUAAGAACAAUUAUUAAGUGUCUAUUUUCAUUCAUGUUCAUAAAGAAUUUACAUCUUUUUACAUAUAGCUUACAGGCAAGCUUAAUAUGCCAUGUCGUAAAAGGCUGUUACAGCUUAUGAACCAAUCAGCUCAUCCCAGCUCAUCUGCACAUGCCAACUAAUAUUGUGAUAAAUGGGACAUUGAGCAUUUUUUUUCUCUAAUGUAUUUUUCUCAAAUUUAAGAAAGAAUAAAAAUCCAAGAGAAGUAAAGUUUGUAA